CGAGCGGUUACGGGCACCUCAGGGUGACGGCGGCGCAGCCGUCAUGGAGUCUAACGGGCCUGCGGAGUUACGGAUGAUAUCAACGUUGCGGUCAAUCAUGUGCAGUGGCUGGGGUCGGCUCAGCUGCAUUGGGCCGCGUAGCCACUUCAUCACGCCCGAUAUCAGCUUGAGGCAUCACGUUGGACGCUGUGUGAGAACAAACCCCGCCCAGCGAAGCUUACAGCGCUUUCAUGCCGAGCAGUUCCAAGCUCCAAAAGGCCGAGCAGGAUGAGGUCCAAGCCGACAAGGUGUUGACCAAGGCCCAGAAGGGCCGGAGCGGAGGGUGGAGCGGGUGUGCCCCCGUUCGCUCCCCGGGCGUCCUGUCCGGGCACGUCUCCAGCGCGGUCCUGUUCCUCGCGAGCCUGCUCCUGUUCCUGCUCCAGCACGGGGGCUUCCAGAGGGGGUCGGCGGAUGUGCCCCCGCGGUCGCAGGAGCAGGUCCUGUUCGACUUCUCCAAGGUCGCGCUCGGGGCGGUGUGGGCCGGCGUUAUGACGUCUGCAUGCUGCGCCUCCAUGCUGGGCUCCAUAGAGCCAGAGGGGAACGAGUGCGGGUGGUAUGCCGUGGAGAUCAUGCUGGACACGUCCCUCGGGAUGUAUGCCUCGCUUUGGAUCCUGCGCACCGCCGUGUGGUCGAUGAAGAAAAUCAUUGGCGAGCGGAAGGCGCAGCAGGUCUGCGCCGGCAAGUACCGCAGCAAGACUGGGGCCUUCGUGAAGGUGGUGUACGCGCAGCAGGUGAUGCUGUGGGUUUUGGUCAUCUCCGUCUCCAAGCUCGGCGUGGCCGCUCUGGUACUGUCGCAGGCCU